AUGCAAGGGCAUUUCAAUAAUGCUCUCAAUUAUUCGUUGGCCAGUACAAUAAAAAUAUCAAUAACAAGGACCAGUUUCUUCUAUCAGUACCAAUUAGCGAUGGAAUUUCCUCCUCCAAGAGCUGUUGAGCUUGUCACAGCGAUUUCUGAGAUCUUGAAAGAACGCAAGGAAACUGUAGCCGUAAGCGAGGCGGCAUGCGGUGGUCUCAUAUCGAGCUAUCUGGUAUCUGUCCCGGGUGCCUCUGUGUGGUUUUACGGUGGCACAAUGGUGUACAGUCUGAAAUCGAGACUGAAACUCAGCGGCUGGGAAUCAGAAGAUAUCGAUAAUUACACUGGACCCAGCCAAAACGUAGCCCUGAGACUGGCACGGAACCUUCGUCUAGAGCUCGGAGCUACUUAUACACUGAGCGAGACCGGGUACGCUUCUACACCUCUUGCAACGUCAGAUAAGGACCCGGAUGCCGCAAGUAAGACUGGUGAUGUAUAUUUUGGUAUUUCUGCUCCAAACAGAGAUACCUCCCACGUAUUUAACACUGGCGAGACCGAUCGUUGUCGAAACAUGCAACUGUUCGCCACAAAGGGACUUGAGCUAUUGCUCCAAGAGCUCCAGCAUCGUGUCGAAGAGGAACAGGCCAGUUUGCCAGUCGGAAAGAAACAAAAACAAACCCAGCGAAUCAAUGAAUGA